CCACGCCACAUGACCACAGGCCCGCCCCCCCAGCGCUGACACUUCCGCAUGCCUUCCCCCCCUCAGCUAGCUUUAGCAUGCUCCACUGUGUUUACAUCGUGUGACGGCUCAUGACGCGGACUCCUCGCCUCACGUCGACAGUCGGAGCCGCUGCUGGGUCUUUAAUGUCGGCGCCGGGGGACGGAGGACAAGCGUCUCUAUCCAUCCGGGGGACAACGAGCACAGGCAGGAAGCUAAUCCUCUCUCCGCUGCUAGGCUAACGACCUUUCAUCAGCUUCUAUGACCUUUGAUCGUCUGCCCCGAUCAGAGGAUGUAUCCGCCUUCCAGAAAGGACUUCAUCUCUCUGACGCUCAGUGAUCCGCACAGUCACGCCUACAACAAUGGCAAGCACCGCAGACAGUCCUGCUGGAGGAAAUGGAAGCAGUUGUCGCGGCUCCAGCGAAGCCUCGUCCUGCUCCUGCUGGCUCUGCUGCUCAUAUUUGGACUGCUCUCAUAUCCAAGCAUCUCAGAGCAAUGGGGAGAUUUGUCUGACAGGGAGGACUGGCUGGAGCUGACUGACAGAGAGUUGAAUGCAGCCCCUCCUGCGGUGAAGCCUGCGUUGGGUGUUGCUGCUGCGAAAGUCCUGGCUCCUGUGCCGGAGCCACAUUUGGGACCAGUUGAUAUUCCAGAUUCUGUGGCGGAGCCCAGAGGACCAAACUUCCCUAUUCUGGCAAAACCUCCCAUUAAGAAAAAGACAAUUACAAACAAGAGAGGUCCACCAAGCACGAAGAAAGAUGCUUCAGACGGUGGAGAAAAUCAAGAGCAAGUGGUUGUUCAAGAAGAAGGAGGAGCGGAUGAGGACAAAGAUAAAAAAAUCGUCAGCUGGAGAGGAGCGAUGAUCGAAGCCGAACAGGCCACGGAGCCUCCACCUUCGGCCGCUGAGAAAGACGCUGCGGCGCCCCCGGCCAACCCUGCUGACACGCUCCCACUGGAAGUAUCAACUGGAAAGGUGGACAGACUGGAGGCCGUGCGUGACGCCUUCAGACAUGCGUGGAAAGGCUAUAAGGACCACGCCUGGGGUCACGAUGAGCUCAAGCCCAUUUCCAAGUCGUUUGGCGAGUGGUUCGGUUUGGGUUUGACCCUCAUUGAUUCUCUGGACACGAUGUGGAUUUUGGGGCUAAAAGAAGAGUUUGAAGAAGCGAAGAACUGGGUAGAGAAAGAGCUCACCUUCAACAAGAACGUGGACGUUAACCUUUUUGAGACGACUAUCCGCGUCCUCGGGGGCCUGCUGAGCACCUACCAUCUAUCAGGAUAUCAGCUCUUCCUCGAUAAAGCAAAAGAUCUGGGGUCCAGGUUGAUGCCUGCCUUCAAAACUCCCUCAAAGAUUCCGUUUUCAGACGUCAACAUCGGGAAGGGAACCGCCCGUCCCCCGCGAUGGACGUCUGACAGCACGCUGGCCGAGGUCACGAGCAUUCAGCUGGAGUUUAGAGAGCUGAGCCGCCUCACCCAGGAGCCGCAGUAUCAGGAGGUUGUGGACGAGGUAAUGAAGCUGGUCCACAAGCUGCCAGGCAAACACGACGGCCUGGUGCCCAUGUUCAUCAACACCAACAGCGGACAGUUCUCCCACAAAGGAGUCUUCACGCUGGGAGCCAGGGCGGACAGCUACUACGAAUACCUGCUCAAACAGUGGCUGCAGGGAGGAAAGACUGAAGACGAUCUGCUGGAGGACUACCUGCAGGCUGUGGAGGGUGUGAAGAAACACCUUGUGAGACAGACGGGUCCCGGCAGGUUGACCUUUGUUGGAGAGCUGUCCCACAGCCGCUUCAACGCCAAGAUGGAUCACCUGGUUUGCUUCCUGCCGGGAACACUGGCGCUCGGGGCCCACAACAGCCUCCCCCAGGACCACAUGGAUCUGGCAGUGCAGCUGAUGGAGACGUGUCACCAGAUGUACACGCAGAUGGAGACCGGGCUGAGCCCAGAGAUCGCACACUUCAACCUGCAGGCCAGCGAGGGGCGAGACGUCGUUGUCAAGCCUGCAGACAGACACAACCUGCUGAGACCAGAGACGGUGGAGAGUCUCUUCUACAUGUACAGAUUCACUAAGGACACAAAGUACAGAGACUGGGGGUGGGAGAUACUGCAGAGCUUCAAUAAGUACACGAAGGUCCCCGACGGCGGUUACACGUCCAUUAACAACGUCCGUGACCCCGUUAACCCCGGGCCCCGGGACAAGAUGGAGAGUUUCUUCCUGGGCGAGACGCUGAAGUACCUGUAUCUGCUCUUCUCUGACGACACGGAGCUGCUCAGCCUGGAUAAGUACAUCUUCAACACUGAGGCACAUCCUCUCCCCAUAUGGCCCUCGCCGCCCAAGUGACGUUACCGAGCGGGAGACGUCUCUAAUAACAGAUACGGUGUCGCGGAAUCCUGUGUGAGUCAAACAGCUGCUCGGUCAGGAACACGUCCAGGCCGGAGUAGAGCAGAUCUGUGGUGUCCGACGUCUUUCCACAUGGAGGAGUUGAUUAUUUUUCCUUUUUCUUAAUUUUUUUUUUUUUUUUAUAAGGAAAAGGUUUCUGUUGGAGCUGGUCUCUGAUGUCAAAUCUUUGGUGAAAAUCACUGACAAUCUGGGGAUGAAGUGAGAAGGAAGUGGGAUAACGCUCGUGUGUGUGUGUGUGUGUGUGGUUACAGCAAUUAUGCCCCUCCCCCCCCCUGUUAGUUUGUCUUACCAAUUGUAGGUGUAGAUCCACGUUAGUCCCGUAAAGUCAGAAGUCGAGACGCUCUCAUGAAGUCAACACAUGCUCAUGUAUUAAAAUGAAGUUUAAUGACGGCUAGUUAGCACUUUGUUAUUCCUCUCGGGACAUCGUCUCCCUGGACUGGUCCGUCCUGAGCGUCCUGGAGAAGUGCACAGCUCCAGUGCAGCUAGUGCCUUGCUGAAAAGCAAAGGCAGAGUAUUCCUAAUCAUAGACUUCGUAUAAAGAUGGACGACGCGUCUCUUAAUUCCUCCCACCAUCUAGAAAUGAAGACACUUUAGCAGAGAGGUCAUGCCGUCCAUCUUUAUAAAUGUUCCAAAUACCUCACGUGUGUCUUAAUUAGAUGAAAACCUGAUUAAAACGGACUCUAAUCGUGAUUUUUCUUUAAUUUAGAAGAUUUGUGAACCCCCAGAAAUCUUUGCACUUGAGAAUGAUCACUUAUCGGAUCCUUUUCCACGCGGAGCUGGAAUCGUUUCGACACCAAAAUACAACUUUAAAGGGAAAUCUGGUUCUAUCUUCAAAUUAAGAGCACCAGUACAAAUACAUGUUUGAAUGUCCUCAAAGUUUGAAGGUUAAUCAGUCUUUUGUGAUUUCAGGUCUGUAACAAGAUGACACCUUGAUUUAUUGAUGAAUGUAGACAUUGGUUCUGUUCGGUUUUUUUUGUGAUUUUGUAUUUUUGUCACAGAGGAACACUACGAAAAGUCUCAUCUUGAGUUUUAUUAAAUUAAUUUUUGCUUUAUAUCAAAUAGAGGAGAAUUAUCUGAGGCCGCCACGCAGCCUUAAAUCUGCCGCGCUGUGAAGUCGGAUCAAAAUGAACAAGAAGUCAUCAUUUCCUGUGUCAGGGACGAUAAACACGCAGACGUUCAUUCAUCCUGUGUUCACAGGCGACUUUGUCUAAGAAGUGAAGUCGUGUGGAAUUAUUUUCUUCCCACUUGAAGGAUUUUGAUUCAUUGCUGUGAAGCAGUCGCUGAUUUCCCGUCAAAUGUGAUGUAGAGCAGCUACGGGAGCUUUGUUUUCCACAUGCUCACGUUGACAAAUCAUUUUGAAGGAUGUGUCCGAUGUCGUGUAUGUGCUGCUUGAACAAACAUCCUGAAAGCGUCUUGAUUCAGGACAAAAAGGUCACGUUUGAUCCGUCUCUUCUUGUCUCGUGGACUCCGUCCAACGCAGAGCCAUAACCCGCGUCGUCGGUGAAUGUGCUCGACAGUUGCCAACGCUCUGCUGUGCCUGAAAUGUAAAUGAUGCUUCGGUGGUUUUUGUUCUUUUAUUGCUGCUGCAUCAGUGGUGUUUACUUGUGAAGUGCUACAUGUGAAAUAUUUGGAGUGCGGGCGGGCGGGGUGUACAUAUUUCUCAAUGAGUAAACGGUUUCUAGCUCGUCUACUGAAUCAAACCUGUGUGUCUGCUGAUUUGUGAGAUUUCUCUGGUCUUGACGUUCCGCGCCAUCGUGUCAGCAAAGUUCUGCGUCGUGCGUCUUCCUCAAUUUAUCUCCUUAAAAAAAAAACCAUCAUAAAUAUUUUUUUUAAAAACCCUUUCACCCGUCUGUAAAGGGCGUCUUGUGAUAAAGCUGCGUCCUCAUUGACACUUUUCUGUCCAGUUGUGUCCAUGAAAAGUUGGACAUGACGAGUUUUGGCUGAGUGUGUGGGUGUGAGAGCUUUAAUAACAGGUUCAUCUUGUUUUUUUUGUGAAUUCUUCAUCUGAAACUGAAACUGAUCUUGAUGAGCAAAAUACAAACACAACUGAAUCUGCCAGGAACCCUCCACAGGCGGGCGUCAAUCUGUCGUUCCUGAUUGUCAUGGAACUCCGUGAAAAUAUAAAAAAUCGUUCAUGUGUGACUCGUCUUCCCGACACUUUGACUCUCGCAGCCUUUAUCUGUGACGCUCGAGCAGAUUGGCUCCGGCUAAAAAUGGUGAAGUUAUUUUUUCCCCCAACUGUGGCACAUUUGGUUUUACAGUGUUUAGAUGAAUCAUUUGUCGACUGUAAAGAUUCUGCCUCAUCUCGUCACUGUCACAGAUAUUUUUGUUUAGCAACUGAUGGUGACACAACAGAUAAAAGACCAGAAAUGACUCAGUGAGCAGAAACUGUUUGAAUUAAAUUCACGCUGACGCUUCAUAUUCUCCCGGUUGAUUCUAACGCCUUGAAUAAUUAAAGAACAUUGCGCCGGCUAAUCAUUUAAAAGGUUGUUUAUUAAAUAACAAAGGUAAAAGUGAUUCUGCAGAGGUUUUCUAGAGCGUUUAAUGUGCAGUUUUUUCUCUGCUGUUGGUCAAAAAUAACAUUAUUUGGAUCAAAGCCAUACAGCGAAACGACAGCUCUGCUAUUUAAACGGAUGGAGGCGACAGAAGAUGACCAAUAAUAUAUAUUAUAUAAUAUUUCCACGCCGCGGCCGUGUCUCUGAUCAAUAAUCCAUCAGUAUUUGUUAGAAACAUGUGAAAGUGUUGGUUUUAAAUCACUUUUCUGCACAAAUGAACCAGUUGACGCGGUUUUAUCAGUUUCUCAUUUAUGUUUAUCAAGCUGAAUUGUUUGUGAAAGUUAUUUAUCAUCGAAUCCACAUCCACAUCCACUGCACAUGUGACUGAGCACUUCGCAGGUUGUGUCAUGUUCACCCAAUGAAAACUAUUUUCCUGCGAACUAAGUUUUUAAAUAAAAGUUUCCAGCGAA